CGCAGCCCUCGCGUCCCCCUCCCCCUCGUCCGCCGUUACGACCCCCGCCCACGCGCAGCCAUGGCCAUCACUAAGGAGCCCGGACAGAAGGGCGUAAACUGGUCCAACAUCGCCGUAGGUGGUAUCAUGAACAUGGUUCAGGUCACGACGCUCGGUCAACCACUUGAGGUCCUCAAGACACAAAUGGCGGCCAACCGGCAACAAACGAUGCUUCAGGCUGUUCAGACGGUGUGGAGUCGUGGUGGUGUCGCCGGCUUCUACCAGGGUCUCAUCCCAUGGGCGUGGAUAGAGGCGUCGACGAAGGGUGCCGUCCUGCUCUUCACCGCGUCCGAGAUUGAGGUCGCGACGACGGGUCUGGGCGUCAACCCCGCGGUGGCCGGUCUCCUCGGUGGUAUGGGUGGAGGCAUUGUACAGGCAUAUGCUACUAUGGGUUUCUGCACAUGCAUGAAGACCGCGGAGAUCACGCGGCACAAACAGGCAGCCACUGGGAUCAAGCCCCCGUCAACAUGGGCCGUAUUCGCAGACAUUUACCGUCGGGAAGGUAUUGCGGGCAUCAACAAGGGCGUGAACGCGGUCGCAGUCCGGCAAUGCACGAACUGGGGAUCGCGGAUGGGUUUCGCGCGUCUUGCGGAGGACACCAUCCGGAAGCUGAGGGGCAAGGGCGAAAACGAGAAGCUCACCGCGCCGGAGAAGAUCCUGUCUUCGUCCAUCGGUGGUGCUCUCGCCACGUGGAACCAGCCUAUUGAGGUUGUUCGCGUUGAGAUGCAAUCCAUGGCGAAAUCUGCGGAGCGCGGAGAGAAGAAGACCAUCGUCAACACGUUGGCCUACAUCUACAAGGAGAACGGUAUCAAGGGUCUGUACCGCGGUGUCACUCCCCGGAUAGGUCUCGGCAUCUGGCAGACGAUCUGCAUGGUGUCUCUCGCGGACUAUGUCAAGGCUUGGGUCAAGGGCCAAUAAUGGCCGUUCUUUCGUUUAGUUCCCGGUUCUGUUUAGAUAUCUAGAUCCAUGAGUACUCUGGAGCUUACUUCGUUAUCCUGUGCUUAUUCCUACCUUAUGCUCGUAUCAAUACGUGGAUUACUCUGCAUGCA